ACACUCACCACAAAGACUCAAGACUUAGAGCUCAUAACACCGCCAAUAUGAUCGUCCGCGCCAUCUCCCACGCCAUCCACCGUAUGGUGGCACCAUUCUACCACUUUUUCUUCAGCGUCCCUGUUCUUUUCGCGGCGGCCAUCUUCAGGUCGGCGGGUGCCACAGCCAUUGUCAUGGCCACCCUCUGGAUCGCGCAGAGCAUCAUCGAUGGCAUGGUGGAGAGAUCUGGCGGCGUGGUCCUCAUUGUCAAGAGCAUCUUCACCAACGACGCCAGCGAUGGCCUCAUCGAGUACCUAGUCAAUCACACCACCGAACUGCUCAAUUUCACGUUGGACGUUGUCCGGCCUUCUGGAGUCAACACCAAGGGCAAACCUGGGGAAAGCCCUCAGAACCAGUACUGGGAGCUCGAUCUGAAAAAGCCAGAAAACUGGCAGGCCGUCGGCGCACAGAUCCAGCGCGUGCUCCUGACAAUCGGCAAGAUCAUCACGCUGGGCCUGCUGCCCAAGCUACCCCUUUCGAUCUCGACUGUCGACAUGAACAUUGAGAUCGACAGCGACUUCAAGAACGGUCAACCCCCUUCCCCUACGUACGUGGCGGCCUACAGCGGCCCAACCCACCCGGAUGUCAUUGGCGAGAAGUGGAUCUACAUCAACGGCAUUGGCAACGAGCGGGUCUGGUUCGAGGGGGCGUGCCGCAAGAUCCGCAGCGCGUUCAAGCGCGAGGUGACGGGCGUCUUCAACCGCAGCGACGGCAUCCUCUGGGACAUGAUCCAGUGCUUUGGCGAGCACUCGACCGUCGAGGACCACAAAAACUCCAAGAACAAGCUGAUCCAGCGCACCGAGUCGAGCAGGGCCGCGCAAGAGGCCCUCUACAACGAGGUCCACAACACGCUGUGGCCCAAGGACGGCUCGGUUAAGCCUAACAAGGUCGUCCUCAUCUGCCACUCGCAAGGCUGUCUGCUCACGCGGCUCACCCUGCAGCAGCUCGUGAGUGACUAUCCAGACGACUCCCCCGAGAGGGAGGACAUGCGCACCAAGCUCCGCGUGUUCCCCUUUGCCAACCCCAGCAUGGACUGGCGCGUCGUCGACGACGGGGCCAUCCAGUACCUGGGCAACUCUACGCACACCACGGAGCACUUUGCGCACAGGGUCGACUUUGUCGCCAUGCUAGGCGUCAUCUCAAACUUCGAGGACAAGACCUCGGGCUUUGACGACCAGAAUUCCAAGGUGUUUGUGAGCAUUCCUGAGCCUAAGCUUGGGCGGCCGGCUGUUGGGCACCUCUUUGGAGCGCAUUACUCGCUUGAUCCGAUUGCUUAUGAAGACGGCAAGCAUUCAAAGCUCUUCAAAGCUCUGGGCGGCAACCCAAUUCCAUGAUUGGAUAGCACAGAGAAACAGAGGCGCAGGGCACGUGCUAGCCAACACUGAGUCACGACGCGUCGUAGAUGCAGGUCCGCUGUGGACCAUUAUCCCCUCUAAUUUACUUACUGCGAUCUAAGUGUAAUACCAGAAGCAGAUCUCGUAGGAUGGAGACAGCAAGUAAUGGCCCUCCAAUAAAUUGUCAAAAAAUCACC